AUUUACCUCGCCGACCUUCCGCCACGCGCCUACCUGCUGGCUCACGCCCUCCACAAGCCCUCCAUCAUCCCAUCGACCACCUCCGCAACCCAUACCGCCCGAAUACUUUGUUUUGUGCAUACAAUCCCGUCCCUGGCCGUGAGCCAGCUCUUGUGACGCGAUGAAAGCCACACCACUGCUUGUUGCCUGGCACGACGAAAACAGCCCCAUCUAUUCUGCCCACUUUGAACUGCAGGGCAAAGGGCGCUUGGCAACUGCAGGCGGCGACGGCAACGUGAGGAUAUGGAGCGUCGAGAGCCACGGAGACGAGCGGAAGGUGAAGUACCUGUCGACGCUCAAGAAGCACACACAAGCUGUCAAUGUGGUGCGGUGGUGCCCUCGCGGCGAAUUGCUGGCCUCUGCGGGAGAUGAUGGAAACGUCUUGCUGUGGACUCCUUCUGAUAACCCAGCCUAUACCUCGGCCUUUGGCGACGAUGGACAAGAAGAUGUGGAGCAUUGGAGAGUCAAGACAAUGUGCAGGUCAAAUACGGGUUCCGAGAUAUACGAUCUGGCAUGGUCACCCGACGGCUUAUUCUUCAUCACUGGCAGUAUGGAUAACGUAGCGCGGAUAUACAACGCUUCAACUGGACAAACGGUGCGCCAGAUUGCAGAACACAAUCACUACGUCCAAGGUGUUGCCUGGGAUCCGCUCAAUGAGUAUGUUGCAACACAGUCCUCGGAUCGCUCCGUUCACAUCUACACGCUCAAGACGAAAGAUGGCCAGCCCUCACUCAGCCAACACAACAAAGUCACGAAAAUGGACUUGCCUGGACGUCGCAUAUCAUCCAACAGCCCUGCACCUCCAGACUUUGCCCUCGGCGGUCAUCGAGCUUCUUUUGUGCAGGAUCUGGCCUCGGAAGCGGCAGGAUCGCCGAGACCAUCUGCGCCGGGAACACCACAGUCGUUGGCUCUGCCAAUGAAUCCGCCGCCGACGUCGCACAGCCGACGGUCGUCCUUUGGUUCUCAGUCCGUGCGGAGAUCCGUUUCGCCUAGUCCGUCGAUGCCGCUCCCUGCGGUCAUGCCUUCAGCGUCGCCGAGCUUGUCGGGUAGCAUUGGAUUAGGUCUCGCCACGGGCAUCCGGAACACCAACAUUUACGCCAAUGAGACAUUCACGUCUUUCUUCCGGCGAUUGACUUUCACGCCAGAUGGCAGCCUUCUCCUUACACCUGCAGGCCAGUUCAAGACGAGUCAUCCAGCGCUCGAUGGAGGCAAAAGUACAGACGAAAUCAUCAAUACCGUGUACAUCUACACCAGAGCUGGGCUCAACAAGCCUCCGGUAGCAUAUCUUCCGGGCCACAACAAGCCCUCGAUCGCUGUCAAAUGCUCGCCGAUACUCUACCAGAUCCGCUCUUCGCAUGUAGAGACCAAGGAAAUCACCAUCGAUACCAGGACUGAAGAUGAUCUCCCCGCUCUACCAGAGCCGGUCAUGCCAACCAGAGCGCCAACGUCUCAUGCGGCAAUGGAGCCUCCGCCACUCGCAGGUGCACCUUCGCCUGCGCCCAGUGCAGGUACAAUGCCGUCGCCACGGACGAGAGCAGACUCGGAAUCGACUUCGACAACACCUCUACCCCCUCCAGGACCCGUACCUGCAUUUGGUCUGCCAUAUCGCAUAGUUUAUGCUGUGGCCACGCAAGAUGCUGUGCAUCUGUACGACACGCAGCAGCAGAAGCCGCUGUGCGUUGUGAGCAAUCUUCACUAUGCCACAUUUACCGACUUGAGCUGGACGGGUGAUGGCCAAACGCUUUUAAUGACAUCCUCAGACGGCUUUUGCUCGGCGCUGACCUUCGCUCCUGGCGAGCUCGGCGUCAUUUAUCAGCAGUCAGCGAAUACUACCAGUGCCAAACCUUCACCGGCACCCUUCCAAAUGGCAAAGGCAGGUUCUGCGGCAUCGACGCCGCUGGCAACAUCGACUGGUCUCGCUACUACGACAGCAUCCACAGGCACAGCCCCAGUAUCUACGAGCAACGGUAUUUCGAGUACGACAGCAAAGGCCUCACGCCCUUCGCCUUCACCAUGUACUGCUAUUACUGGCCAGAUGGGAGGCCGUCCAGCCAGCCCAGCGAGAAGCAUGUCUCAAUCGAGUAUAGCGACAGACGCCAGUUUUGCGCGUGUACCAGAUCAAAAUGCACCACCAAUCAUGAAUAAUCCAACACCGUCGCUGACACCGCUACCAUCGAUUGCGGCAGCCGGAUCAGGUCUGGGCAACCCGAGUAUGCCACUCUUUACACCGCCGCAAACGCCAGGACAAUCUGCAGCGAACAGUAGCUCCAUGCCCCAUGUGCCUGCUAUGGUAUCUGGUAUCAAAAGAGAGAGCAACGCCAGUAGUCACCCUUCUGAAUCAGAAGAUCAAGGUCGGGAGAAGAGGCGGCGAAUCGCGCCCACACAGGUCGAUACGGAAUCUGGUGCUCCGCCUCAUAGUGGAGUAUGAGAACAGAAACGCCCCCACAAUAACGUUGCCAUUUGUAUACUUGCGCCAGUUUUAGCCGGGCGUUCCGGGAGAUCCAGUCCCAGCACCGGAUUUUGAGCGUCGACAUUAGGGACCACCAGCGACAUCAUGAAAGAGUAGAAACCAAGAGUCGAAUGUAUGCCUACGCGUGCCUGUCGGAGCGGCAUGCGAGUUGGAGAAGCAAGAUAGAACUGUAGUGAUAGUGCGAGGACUCGCGAGAUAUCUAUUGGACGUUUGUAUCAGCAGCUGCAUGUGCUUGGCCAGCUUUUCAGCGGCUGGCCUGCAAUUUGCCCCUGCCCGGAAGUAACGACGAUGUCACCCAAGCGCAGUUGCGACGUUGGCGAGUCUGGAAUCACUACCUUGAAUUAUGUUCGCGCUUGCUGGCCAGGGAGACGCCGAUUCACAUUAUCAAGGUACAUAUAGUUCAAGGCACGCAAUCACGCAUUAUGAUCAGUCAUGGCAGCACAGAGCAUAUCCACGUUCGUUUCGGCAGUCCGUCCAUCUAAUCGAGCUUCUACCCCCGAAACUAUCGUUACCAUCCCUAAACCGCACGCGAGGAAUGUGGAAGCGCCGUCUGGCGCGAGUCCAAUAACCCGAUUUCUCGAAGCCAGUUGCAACGAGCCGAGUGCGUCUCCCUUCCCGCUUGGACAGAACGAUACCUGUCUGAGCGGCUUCUACUGCCCCAACUCGAAUGCGACCUUCCCUCCCCAGUAUUGUCCUCCCAGCAGCGCUUGCCAGAUUAGCCGCCUCUCGGGUUCAGUUUGCGACGCUCAAGGCAUACUCGAACCAGUUGUCUGCAAGUAUGGACAUUUCUGUGACAGGAAAGACAAUGGCAGAGUCCAGACUAUAUGCCCAGCCGGCCACUUCUGCCCUACUGGAAGCUUCGAACCACGGCCAUGCCAUUUUUGGGCAUAUUGCCCUCCAGGGAGCAUGCGUGAAGUCCAACUUGCACCCAUCUACCUAGUUCUCGCAAUCGACCUAUCGAUACUGCUAGCGAUCGGCAUUACGCACUGGAUCAACAGGCGUCAAAAGCAGCGACGAAAUCGUGCCAUGCCCCCUUCCCCGACCGACGAGGCGACAUGGAACACAUCGCAAUCUGCCAAAGCUGGAGCAAGGAAUCAGCCUGCUCAAACAUGGCCGAAUCGUAGGGCCCACAUGCGAGCAGACAACUACGAUGGUUGUGUGGAUGAGGAUAGCCCCGCUCCAGAACAAGACGUUACCAGUAGUCCUGCCAUGCAGAACCUCAUACACUCGAUCACGACGGCUGUCACCACCUCGUUUGUGGGCCUCAGCUUCAGCUUCGAGAAUCUCACCCUGACUCUUACAGGCAGCAAGACGAUCUUGCAGGGAGUUACAGGCAACAUCGAUAGAGGCACCCUGUUUGGAAUCAUGGGCGGCAGUGGAGCAGGCAAGUCCACACUCAUGAACGUGCUGAUGGGACAACUGCGCGGAACGACGGGCAGUAUCAGGAUCAAUGGUCGCGAAGAUGAUCUGAGUCGCUACAAGAAAAUAUAUGGCUAUGUUCCGCAGGAUGACACCCUGCUACCAGAGCUUACAGUGAGAGAGAACAUCAUGCACGCGGCCAAGAUCAGAUUGCCCGCUGAGUGGACGCGGAAGGCGAUUGACAACCAUGUCAACGCCCUUCUCGACUGUUUGCAGCUCAGCCACGUCCAACAUUGUCGCGUUGGAGACCCUAGCCACCCUCUCAUCUCUGGCGGUCAGCGAAAGCGUGUCAAUAUUGGAAUCGAGCUGGCGUCUGCGCCCAUGGCCCUUUUUCUGGACGAACCGACUUCCGGAUUGGACUCACAAACUGCAGCUUCAAUCAUGCGACUAUUGCACAGAAUCAGCAGGAUUGGUAUUACAACGAUCGUGAUUGUACAUCAGCCACGGGAGCAAAUCUUCUACUUAUUCGACCAUAUAUUACUGUUGGCUCAAGGACAGACAGUAUACUGCGGUCCUACAGAACAAGUCCAGCCUUAUUUUGAGCGCAAAGGCUAUGCGUUUCCUGGCAAUGUGAACGCAUCCGACACAGUGCUCGACAUCGUUACAGGAGAUGGCGCCGUGUAUGCCGCCGGCACGGGUACCUCCACGAGCAUGCCAGCUUUGAUUGAAGCCUGGCAGACCAUGGGCCACCAUGAAGUGCAGCAGUAUCCUCCGGCUUAUUCCAAAGAAGUAAUAGGUAUUCACAAGUCUGAGCACGUUGACGAACAUAGUGAGCGUGAGCUUGAGACCGGCUUGCAGCGCACGAUAUGUAAAAGAGGUGCAGCAUGGCCGAUCCAAGUAUGGUACUGCUUCGAGAGAGCAUCUGUUCAGCAAACGCGUCAAAAAUCAUGCUUCAUCAUGGAGCUUGGUACUGCUGCGUGUGCUGGAGGUUUCAUUGGUCUAUCUACCUAUCCAUCAAAUGGCAGCCUUUUCGUAGGCCUCUUUCAUCCUCCAUUCACCCUUCUCAGCACCAGAAUCGACUACUUGAGCACGCCGCAGCUAGCACUACUAUCCGCAAUGGCCAUUGGACUGGUUGCAUCAGCACCCGGCUUCUGGAUCUUUGGCGAAGAACGAUUGGUAUAUUUCAGAGAGGCUGCUUCUGGUCACUCUAGAUCAGCAUACUACAUCGGCAAAGUCGCAUCGACUAUCGUCCGCAUGGUUCUCAGCAGCCUCCACUUUGCUGCCCUCCUUAUAGUACUUGCGACACCAAUGAUCAGCUUCUCGAAGCUUUAUCUUGUGGUCUUGUUGUACUUCUGGUGCAUUUAUGGGCUGGCAAGCUUGGUUUCCGUGUUCGCGCGUCGCGAAAAUGGGCCUCUCAGCGCCGUGCUGGCCUCUCUUGCCACUGCUCUGUUCGGAGGGGUGGCUCCUCGACUCCGCACAGCAGAGGAGUGGCACAUGCUAUGGCUGUGGCGCUCGUGCCCUGGGCUUUACUUCACAGAAGCCAUAUUCAGCGAGAACUUGGUCCCCUUCGACUACUUGUAUGAUGUGGACGCUGCGGCCCAAUACUUCGGUUUCAAGCUCAGACGUUAUGGAAUGGACGUCGGGAUGUUGUUCCUCAUUGGAUUCUUGUAUCGCGUUGCUGCUGGCAUAUUGAUGCUGUAUUUCCACAAGCCGCGGUCGAUGAGCAUAUGGAAGAAGUGA